GAAGGAAAAGAGGAAUAGUACUCCAAGUCAGUUGAUUGCAGUCAUAGUAGUGGUGAACGACAGAGCGAGUAGUGAUAACUUCCUCCUCCAUCCCAUCCCAUUGCAUUGCAGUUCCCUGCCCCUUUUCCCUCUCCUCCCUCACUCCGCAGUUGCAAAUCUCUUCUUCUUCUCUCUUCUCCAUCGGCUCGGUUCCCUCCUCAGUUCAGUUGCCUACACAGGACAGGAGAGGAAAGGAGAGGAGACGGGAGGGAGAGAGGCUGCCUGCCCCUGUCUCCCUCUCGCUCCCCCCAUGGGGAACUGCGCCAGCGCCAUCGAUGCCUUCGUCCAGGGGGGCAACAGAGCAUCGUCCUCCGCUCCUGGAAUAUCUGCAUCGAGGAGAACUAGUAGCUCCACCACCACUGAGAAGCUGUCAACCAUUAGUACCAGCACCUUCAUGCCAUCCACAGUCAGUGGUGUUAGCACCGAUGAUGAUUAUCAAGAGGGCCAGAUCUUUGAGUCUCCAAAUCUCAGAAUCUUCACCUUUGCGGAACUGAAGAGUGCCACCAAGAAUUUCAAGCCUGAGACAGUGCUUGGGGAGGGCGGAUUCGGGAAGGUUUACAAGGGAUGGGUCGAUGAGAAGACCAUGAAUCCAUCCAACGGUAGCUCCGGCGUGGUGGUUGCUAUCAAGAAGCUCAACUCCGAGAGCGUGCAGGGAAUGGAGCAAUGGCAGUCUGAAGUGAAUUUCCUCGGGAGGAUUUCACACCCCAAUCUUGUCAAACUCUUGGGCUAUUGCAUGGAUGACAACGAGCUACUACUUGUCUAUGAGUUCAUGGUAAAGGGGAGCUUGGAGAACCACCUCUUCCGAAGAGGGGCAGUUUGCAAGCCACUGCCUUGGAGCCUCAGGCUGAAGAUUCUCAUCGGUGCAGCUCGUGGCCUUGCCUUCCUUCAUUCCUCAGAAAGACAAAUCAUUUACAGGGACUUCAAGGCUUCAAACAUCUUGUUAGAUUCGAACUUCAAUGCAAAGCUCUCGGAUUUCGGAUUGGCCAAGCAUGGUCCAGACGGUGGAGAGUCUCAUGUGACAACAAGAGUCAUGGGAACCUAUGGCUAUGCAGCUCCAGAGUAUGUUUCUACCGGUAUGUCUAUCAUUUUUUUGUGGGGCCACCUGUAUGUGAAGAGCGAUGUGUAUGGCUUCGGUGUUGUGCUGCUGGAGAUGCUCUCUGGCCUGAGGGCGCUGGACCCGAGCCGCCCCAGCGAGAAGGUGAACUUGGUGAACUGGGCUAAGCCAUUACUGGCUGACCGGAGGAAGCUCAGCCAACUCAUGGACAGUCGGCUUGAGGGGCAGUACCAUUCCAAAGGAGCCCUCCACGCUGCUCAGCUCACCCUCAAGUGCCUGAAAGGUGACCCCAAGAGCCGUCCGUCAAUGAAGGAAGUCGUGGAGGCUCUCGAGCAGAUUGAGUCGAUGAAGAGCCGGACGAGGGAACCCAGGCACAGCUCCUCGGUGGCGCGUGGCCUGGGGCAUUCACCGAGGAUUGACAGCACUAGGAAGAACUCCAGGGGCAGGUAGAUGAUCAUAAGGAUAUAGGAUGAACUGAUUUUUUUUUUUCGAAUACGCGGGACAACUGCGCAUCUUUGUAUUAAGAUGGAAUACACAGGACGAACUGAUUUUGAUGCGGAUACUGUAAAGUUAGACCACAAUUUUUGUUGUCAUGACGAAGUUUAUGCCAAUCAUGAUGAUCAAUGUAACAGUAUAGCAAAAACCCACAGACUUGGUAGUUGUCAUAUACUCAAAUGCAUGAAUUCAACCAUUUUUUCCACUGAA